AUUUAAAUCAUGCAACGGUAUGGCAAAUUUUGGAAAAUCAGCAACUUAAUCCAUAUCAUAUCGUCGUCCAUACCGCAGACAGGCGUAUCUGACAAAAAAUCAAAUUCGAGUUAACGGAUUCAAAUCAACAAGGUAUAGCAUACCUUCAAUCCCGCAAAGUGGCAUAACUCUAAGUAGUUCGCUCAUAGAGAUAUCAGCAUAAAACUAAACGUCGUAUCUCUCAGAAAUGAAAUACAAUACACCGCAAAUAGGCGUAAAUGAAGAUACGCCUACAUGCGGUGUCCAUUUUUUGCUACUCUCUCAGUGGUAACUAAGAUAUGUCCCUUUGACUUACAGAAUACAUAUGAUGUUUUGUCCGAAUUGAGUCACACCUCAUCUGAAAGCGAUCCCUUUGCUGCAGUCGAGAUUUAUAAUCCGGAAGAUCCGGACUAUCGUCAAACUUGUGAAGUUAACAGCUGUAAAGUAGAUGUGUUCCCAGGCAGAAGGUGAUAGGAAAAAAAAGUCAGAGAAGAUAAAAGAAGAACUGCAAAAACGUUGAGGAAUCAAGGCGAAACAUAUAUUUCGCCUGUAACUAAGAAAAUUGUGAAGGAGAAAGCACUUAAGGGAAUCUGCAAUAUAGAAAUGUGUAAGAAAAGAAAAAGGAUGUGUUAUUUGUUCAGCAGUCCUUUAAGAACAAUGAUAUUCUCACAGUUUUAUAGUCUUGGUGACCUCCAACAACAAAGAGAGUAUAUAGCACGUUUUGUAUUAUCUCAAAACCCAAAACAUAGAACUACAAAUAGCAAUGAUCCACGCCGUAAGCAAACACAUUAUUUUUUCUUACCUCUAGAAGGUAUCCGACAAUUAGUUUGUAAAAAAAUGUUCCUUGGCACCCUUGGGAUAAGUGAGAAAGUUUGCAGAACCGCAAUAAAGAAAUUGAAUAGAACAACGAGUGUGCUAGAAAAAGAAAAUCGUGGAGAUCGACGGGAGUUACAAUCAUCAAGAGACAUACUCAUUAGAAAAAGUAUUAUAGAGCACAUAAAUAGGUUCCCCAGAGUAGAGUCACAUUACUGCCGGAAGUCCUCAACUAAACAAUACCUACAUGAAGAUUUAUCUCUGAGUACAAUGUAUCACAUGUGCAAACUGGAAGACCAACAAACAAAGGGAAGUUUUUCUUUGUAUAGAAAAAUUUUCAGAUUCAUGAACCUCUCAUUUCACAAACCAAAAAAAGAUCAAUGUGGUCUUUGCAAGUGUUACAGAGAAGGAUCGGAAGAAGUAAAGGCUAAUUUGGAAAAGGAGUACUUGGCCCACAUUUUAGAAAAGGAAACGGUAAGAGAAAUAAAGAAUAGCUGCAAAGAAAAAGCUAAAAAUGAUACAAAGAUCUCCAACAAGUUAUAUACUUACCAAUUUCUAAUCAUUGUUCCGUAUUUUAUAAAACGCGGCUUGCUGUCUACAAUCUAACUAUGUAUGAAGUAGCAUCUCGAGAAUGUUUUUGUUAUACAUGGAGUGAGUAAACGCGGUAGCUCGGAAAUAUCGACUGCUGUUUAUUUAUUUAUUUCCGAAAAAGACAAACAAGGCUACAAUACUGUUGACUUAUUUGCUGAUGGUUGUAGUGGCCAAAAUAAGAAUUCGAUAAUGGCUACCACUCUUUUAUAUCUCGUCAGUAAUUGCUCAAACGUUAAAGAGAUAUCGUUAAAUUUUUUUGCCUUUUGUCAUGGACAAAAUGAAGGCGAUUCAGCACAUAGUGCAAUAGUUACGCUUUGAAAAAUGCAGGUGAAAUUAUUGUGCCGAGCCAGUUAUUGCCAGUCUAUGCAUUAGCAAGGAAGAAACAGCCAUAUAAGGUUCGUCCCUUAGACUAUCGUAAUUUUUUUGACCUCAAACAACUCGCAUCAGACUUAAGAGUAUUAUCUAUUCGAAAAGAUGAUAAAGACAUGGAUGUGAAUUGGGAAAAUAUGAUGGAAUUCAAAGUGAC